AUGGAUAACAGCAAGGAAAGUGGCUCUGAAAGUCAGGAGAUUUCAGAGGUAAAAGUUGACAACAGCAGAGAAGAUUUGUCUAGCGAGGAAAACACACCUCAGUACGAUAAGCAAACAGAACAAGAGCUACACAUCUUAAAAAACCAAGUGAGUGAUGAUGUUAAACAGUUGUUAGAUACAGUUUUUCCUGGUGUCGAUUCCAAAGCCCCUGAGAAGGUAGUCUACAUGGAAAAGAAGCAUAUGCAAAAUCCUGUGAUACCUACAAACCCACAACUUUCAAAACAGAACAACAACUUUUUGUCAACCAUUGAUAAUUUAAGCCAUGGUUCAAGUAUUUCCGGUUUCGCAUCGACAGAACUUGAUUCAAAUUAUGCAACGCCAACUGUGCAAGAAAAUUUCAAUGCAGAGAAGAGCCAAUCACAACCUAUGUUUCUUAACUAUAAUAAUUUUCUGUCUCAUUUGCCAAAUUUAGAGAAAUAUCCGGACCAGAAAGACGAGAUAAGUGAUGAACAUUUCAAAGAAUCAAAACAAAUUUAUUAUACACAAUCAUCAACGACGCCGUAUUCAAUAUUUCAACAACCUUAUUUUCAUGGCGAACCAUUGCAAGAAACACUGAAUCUGAAACCAGUAAUAUACAAUGCUCUUAGUGAGGAAUUACCGGCACCUGUCACAUUUUUAAGCAAAAAAGGACAAGAUAAGGAUAUUACACAAAAUCAUCAUACUAAAAAUAAUGAAAGUUCGAUUUAUACAACUGAAGACAAAAGAGACAAUAUAUCACCUCUCAAAAAAGAUAAUCUUUUAGAAAGUGAUGCUUCAAAGAGUAGCGAGGAAGACUUUUCUUAUGAUUACAAAUUCGAUGCGAAAUCAGAUUUAUCCCAUUUAAAUUCCUAUCCGUCUAAUGACGUACAAGAUUACUAUGAAAAUAACCUUUUAAAUUCAGAUCAAUCAAACGCUGAAGAGGCCGUGAAAAUCAUAUAUGAUCUCUUCAAUGAUUACGAUGAUCAUCUUAGGGAUUACGAAAAUGAGCAACUUAACUUCGAAGUUGAACUUUAUCCAACUUCUACCUUGAUUCCCAUAAGCACUACACAGAAUAAUGAAUUAAAAAUUAGCAAAGCAACAAAUUCAGAUAAUACGUUUACUGCAGGAAAGGAAACAUUUAAGAUUUUUCCGUCAAUAGAAGUAAAAAUAAGCAGUGAUGAAAGUGAAAUCAGUGAAAGCAGAGAAGAUAUGGACACGUAUCAUAAGUAUAAUCAUGAAAAAGGCAGGAAAAAGCCUUCUACUGACAGAGAUAAAUACAAUUCUCAGAAUUCCCUGUAUGAUAUUCCACAUGUUUCAUCCAUGGAUCUCAGUCGAGAGGAAGAGGUACAAAAUGUAGAUGUGAAAAAGUUAGAUGAAAAUUCCAGUGAAGAAAGAACCAAAUCAUAUGGAAGUCAUACUGAUGAACAUCUGGAAAGAGAGAAUGGACGCUCUAACGAAAAAUCUACAAGUCAUGAGGAAAAUAGUAUUCAUCAAUUUAGUAUAAAUGACAAUAAUAAUGUUCCAGAUGAAAAGAAACCUAGGGGCAUUUUUAAUGCUCCAGUGGAAAGCAACAUGUCAUAUAAUGAAGGAGGCGAAUUAACAUAUCAGCAUGACGUUAGUGGUGAAAAUUACUUUAUUACAGAUGGAAUAAAUCCAACUGAAAACGGAGGCAAUGAUUCAGUAGAUACACAAGAAAGUGAUAAAUCUCAUAAAAGUUUUGACAAUUCACGAAGUGAAUCUGCGGAAGAUGUGAGCAGUACUGAAAAAUCUGAAAACAUUAACCCAUACAAUAGUUUACAAAAUAUAUUUUUCGACAGAGAUUCUGGUAGUAUCCUUCAAGGUAAAAGUAGCAAAUCAAGUGAAUCUCGCGUUGAUGAAGCAUCCAAAGAAAGCAAACAUAGUAAAAGUAAAGAUGAACUUGGUGAACAUUAUCUAAAAAAUGACAACAACAUAGAUGGUGGAGAAAUUCAGUCAGACAGUAGCGAUUCCAGCGAAGAAAGCAUUACAAACCAGCAUUUCAUUGGUAGUCAUUAUGAAGACAUUCAACAUCAGAAGGACAGUACUGUUAUUCAUAAAGAAGGAAAAAACCAGAGUGGAGAAAUUGGUGAGAAUUACCAGAUCAUCGAUAGCGAUUCAAAUGAAAGUGGAGAAAAAAUGAAAGACAAUGGCGAUUCAAGCGAAGAGAGCAUGGCAAUCUCGCAAAAUAUUUACACUAACUCAAAAGACUCCGGAGAUAUUCAACAUAAGAGCGAGAGUAUUUCAAAAGAGAAAAGUUACCAGAAUUACGACCUCGGGGGAAACUAUGAAAGAAAUGAUAAUAAUUUCAGUGGAAGUGAAGAAACUGAUGAAGACAAUAACAAGUCCACCGAAGAGAGCAUUGUAAACCAACAUUAUAUUGGUAGCGACUCAAACGAAUUUGAACUGCAGGACCACAGUUCUAGUGUUUCCAAUGAGGAAAGUAACGAUAAUGAUGAAUUUGGUGAAAUUCAUGAGAAAGAUGAUGGCAAUUUGAAUGAAAGGGAAGAAACUAAGGAGAAAAGCAGCGGAGAAAGCAUUUCAAAUCAAAUUUAUUCUGAUAGCGAGUCAAAAGACUCUAGUCACAUUCAACAUCAGAAAGAUAAUAUUGCAUUUGAAGAAGAUAGUGAAUCGACUGAAAAUAAGUUUAUAAAAGGUUUUACAAAAGUGAAAGGCGAUAUGUCUUCAGGGGAUAAAAGUAUCUCAAAAGAGAAUGAUGAAGGCUCUUCAAGCAACGAAAGUAAAAAUGGUGACAGUUCAGAGGAUAGCUCAACCUCUUGUGAAGGAGAAUAUUGUAACUCAUAUGGAUCUUCAAGUGUUAAAAUUGAUUUUACAGAGAGAGAAAGGCUAAAGAACGGAUUUCAAGAUGAACCAAACAAUAAUAGUGAAGAAGAGGCAGUCGAUCAAGAUGAUUCAAAAAGUAAUGAAGAAACAUCGGGACAAAACAAACACGAACACUUGUUAGACUAUAAAAGUUCAGAAGAAUACACAAGUUCAAUAACAAAAAGUGUGUCGGAGGAGAUUUUGAAUUUUAAGUCAUCGGAAGAACAAAAUUAUAAAAAGAAUGAAGGUGAAAAGGCAGGGGGCAAAGAACAGUCUUCUGAGAACAAAAGCUUGUCUUCAACCUCUGACACAACAUCUAGUGGCAGCAGUGAAAGUUUCGAGAAUGAUAACAAGAAAAGAGAUGGUCUUCAAAACAACAUAGAAGAUAGUGACUCUGAUGAAUACUUCCAAAAUCAUGAUAGAUGGAAUGGACAAAAUAGUCAUCAAAUUUCCGAUGAUGACGAUGAACAGGUAAAUGAAAAUUAUGAAGACGAAAAUGAAAUGUCAAAACCGAAGGAAAACAAAGAUCAAAGUACUGAAAAUACGGAAUAUUCACCAAAUAUUAGUAAAAGCUUUGAAUUAGUAAGUAGUGAUGGAGAAAGUCAUGAAAAGGAAGUGAAAUACAAAAGUUCUGAGGAUGAAUCAAGCAGUGAGGGAAGUCAUGAACAAGUAAGAAAAAAUAACCUAGAAAUGGAAGAGGAUGGUAGUGAUGGUAAAAUUGAUGAGCAAUCAAAACAAAAUACAGAAGAGACUACAGAUGAUAGCUAUGAAAAUAAGGAAGAUUUUGAAAACCAGCACAACAUAAUUGAAAGUAAGGAAGGUAGUACUGAAGAACCAGAAGAUGAGUUUUCAAAGAAACCCUAUAACAGUAAAACCAUUGAUGAAGAAUCAAAGGAAGAGAAUAACGAAGAAGGGAAGAAAAAGGAAAGCGGCAGUGAUGAAGAAUCAAAAGAUAAAAUCAUGAUUCAUGAAAAGGAAAGUUAUAGCUAUGAAAACAGUGAAGAGGAACCAAAAGAAGAAUAUGAAAAGGUUACAGAUAAUAUUGUUCAUAAGAAUUCCAAAGAGCUUUCUUCGGAGGUUUUAAUGACAGACUCUGGUGAGGAUAAUAAAAAUGACGAAGAUACACAUAAGGAGGACAACAAAAUUAUCUACGAGAACGAAGCCAAAGACCAAACAGACAAAAACACAAACAACAAAUCAGACUGUAAGGAUAAGAGAAAAGAGGAAGAUAACAGUAAUAAAGACGACAUCAGUAAUGAAAAAAGUGGUGAAAUAAGAAAUGAUGAUGAUCUUGAGAAUGCUGUAGGGAUGAUCAGUGAAAUGUUUCUAUUCGACGUCGACAAGUCAAAGAGUGGUGAACAUAACGAUUACAACUCAAUAAUGAAGCACAACACUCCAAUGAAAUAUAGCAAAGAUGGAAGAGUGAGUUGUCUUCUUAAAAUACUCUUUAAUUUACAGCAGCAGUGGUUAAAGACAAAGUAUGGUUCCAAAGACAGAAAGUAUCAUUCUAAAUAUAUGCAUCAUCGUAAAGAUUCUUCAGAUCUCCGUAUGAAGUUACCAACUUUAAAGAAAAAUUUGUAUGAAAAACCAAGAAAAAGGGGGUCGUUGUAUGGUCAAGGGCCGUUCUUAAGUUACAAACUCUACGAACCUUAUGGGUCAAUACGCUUCAUCCACAGGCCCUCUCAUCUCUUUCCUUCAUCAUAUAACAAAAUACGUAGUUUUCACUAUGACAGUCUUCAUCCUAAGCGCUAUGUAUCGUCAUUGUCGAAAUACUUACAAGGCCGAAGAAAGUAUUUGUAUGACAGCCACUCAUCCAACUUACGACCCAAAUAUGUAAGAAACGGAUAUGGCACCAGAAGAAUGCAAAUAAGUUUUGGAAAUAAGAGAAAUUAUUUUGGCAAAGUUAAUAACGAUGAAUCCCGAAUUAGAAAAGAUUUAUCAAGAUUAUCCCAUUUCUUGACAAAAAGCCAGAGAGAUGGUACUAAUGGAUCCAUUAAAGUGAAUCAAGGCAGGGUUCAUAAUAGAAACAAUAAAAAUGACUAUGAUCCAUACCACAAUGAAGUCGUUGACUAUGUGAAAAAUAUAGAUGAUGACACGGUGGUUGUUCAUCCACUUGUCACUAGGAGUAGCUACUAG